AAGGUCACGUCUCAGCCGAGCUAGAGAAGUAAGCUAGCUAGCUAGCUGACACUGACAGGCAGCAGCGUCUGACACCAGCUUCAUUCAGAUAACUGCUGCAGACAUGCAGGAAUGGGCGAAUCAGUUAUGCGAGAAUCGACAAUUUGGAUCCAAGAUGACGGACUCCAAGUACUUCACCACUACCAAGAAAGGGGAGAUCUUUGAGCUCAAGGCAGAGCUUAACAGUGAUAAGAAAGAGAAGAAGAAGGAGGCUGUCAAGAAGGUCAUUGCAUCUAUGACAGUUGGCAAGGAUGUCAGUGCUCUCUUCCCAGAUGUUGUGAACUGCAUGCAGACGGACAACCUGGAACUGAAAAAGCUGGUCUACCUCUACCUGAUGAACUAUGCCAAGAGUCAGCCAGACAUGGCUAUCAUGGCUGUUAACACCUUUGUAAAGGACUGUGAAGACGCUAACCCUCUAAUCCGGGCCCUUGCUGUUCGCACAAUGGGCUGCAUCCGUGUGGACAAGAUCACCGAGUACCUCUGUGAGCCACUGAGGAAAUGUCUGAAGGAUGAAGACCCAUAUGUGAGGAAGACAGCCGCUGUGUGUGUGGCAAAGCUCCAUGACAUCAACGCCCAGUUGGUGGAGGACCAAGGCUUCCUGGACACCCUUAAAGACCUGAUCUCUGACUCCAACCCCAUGGUUGUAGCAAACGCAGUGGCAGCGCUGUCUGAGAUAGCAGAGUCCCACCCCAACAGUAAUUUACUGGACCUCAACCCUCAGACCAUCAACAAGUUGCUGACGGCUUUAAAUGAGUGUACAGAGUGGGGGCAGAUAUUCAUUCUUGACUGCCUGGCCAAUUACACGCCUCGUGAUGAUCGCGAGUCCCAAAGCAUCUGUGAGCGCGUGACCCCCCGGCUCUCCCACGCUAACUCUGCAGUGGUGUUGUCAGCUGUUAAAGUUUUAAUGAAGUUCAUGGAGAUGCUGCCCAAAGACUUGGACUACUAUGGCACCCUGCUUAAGAAGCUCGCCCCUCCACUGGUCACGCUCCUCUCUGCUGAGCCUGAGCUGCAAUAUGUGGCUCUUAGAAACAUCAACCUCAUCGUACAGAGAAGGCCAGAGAUCCUGAAACACGAGAUGAAGGUUUUCUUUGUCAAGUACAAUGACCCAAUUUAUGUCAAACUGGAGAAGCUGGACAUCAUGAUCCGCCUCGCAUCUCAAGCCAACAUCGCCCAGGUCCUGGCUGAGCUGAAGGAGUACUCCACUGAGGUGGAUGUGGACUUUGUACGCAAAGCGGUCCGAGCCAUUGGCCGCUGUGCCAUCAAAGUUGAGCAAUCAGCCGAGCGCUGUGUCAGCACACUGCUGGACCUCAUCCAAACCAAGGUUAACUAUGUGGUGCAGGAGGCCAUUGUGGUUAUCAAGGACAUCUUUCGCAAGUACCCCAACAAGUAUGAGAGUGUCAUUGCCACCCUGUGUGAAAACCUGGACUCCCUGGAUGAGCCGGAGGCUCGUGCCGCCAUGAUCUGGAUUGUGGGAGAGUAUGCCGAGCGCAUCGACAACGCCGAUGAGUUGCUGGAGAGCUUUUUAGAGGGUUUCCAUGAUGAAAGCACUCAGGUGCAGCUACAGCUGCUGACGGCCAUCGUCAAGUUGUUCCUGAAAAAGCCCACCGAGACCCAGGAGCUCGUGCAGCAGGUGUUGAGUCUAGCCACACAGGACUCCGAUAACCCCGACCUCAGGGACCGCGGCUACAUCUACUGGCGUCUGCUGUCGACGGACCCCGUGGCCGCCAAGGAGGUGGUUCUGGCUGAGAAGCCCCUGAUCUCUGAGGAGACGGAUCUGAUUGAGCCCACCCUGCUGGAGGAGCUCAUCUGCCACAUUGGUACUCUGGCCUCUGUCUACCACAAGCCCCCCAGUGCUUUUGUUGAGGGCAGCCGUGGUGUUCAGCACAAGCGAAUCUCUGGCAAUGCUGUAUCUGGCGAGAGUGUUGAGAGCCCAGAUAACGGUUCUGCUGCUGGAGUUACUGAGGCGCCUCCUGCGGUCAUCCAAUCCCAUGGAGACCUCCUUGGAGAUCUGCUUAACCUGGACCUGACACCACCUACCACCACCGGGCCACCACCGCCCAGCUCUUCUGGCAUGCAGAUGGGUGCUAUGGACCUUCUUGGCGGUGGACUGGACAGCCUGAUGGGGGAUGAGUCUGAGCCGCCGUCCAUUCCCCUGCGGACGGACACUCCGUCACCUCAGCUCCCACAUCAGUCCCCAUCGCCCCCAGAUUACAGCCCCACUGAGCUUGGCGGAGACCUUGGAGGAAAUCCCGCUAUGGGGGCUGGUUUUGGUGGACCUCCAGCUGUGAUGCCGGCCUCCUUCAAUGCCCCUGUUGGCGGCGGUCUGGAUGACCUGUUUGAUCUCGGAAGUGGAGUUGGUAUGCCGAUGGGAGCCUUCAACCCCCCGAAAACAGUUUGGCUUCCAGCCAUGAAGGCCAAGGGUCUGGAGAUAUCGGGCACCUUUGUCCGCCGUGCCGGGGUCAUUCAAAUGGAGAUGAACCUCACUAAUAAAGCUAUGAGUGUCAUGACUGAUUUUGCGAUCCAGUUUAACAGAAACAGCUUUGGUCUCGCUUCGGCUGGUCCCCUUCAGAUUCUCACUCCUCUUAGCCCCAACCAGAGUAUUGAAGCGGCCCUUCCUCUCAGCACUGUGGGACCUAUCAUGAAGAUGGAGCCUCUCAACAACCUGCAGGUGGCUGUUAAGAACAACAUUGACGUAUUCUACUUCAGCUGCCAGUACCCAAUCAGCAUGUUGUUUGUGGAGGAUGGGAAGAUGGAGCGGCAGGUGUUCCUUGCCACAUGGAAAGACAUUCCUAAUGAGAACGAGUCCCAGUUCCAGAUCAAAGACUGCCAUCUCAACUCAGAUGCCGCCUCCAACAAACUGCAGAGCAGCAACAUCUUCACCAUAGCCAAGCGGACAGUGGAGGGUCAGGACAUGCUGUAUCAGUCCAUGAAGCUCACCAACGGCAUCUGGGUGCUGGCUGAGCUGAGGGUGCAGGCAGGAAACCCAAACUACACGAUCUCUCUGAAGUGCAGAGCUCCAGAAGUUAACCAGUGUGUUUUCCAGAACUACGAGUCGGUGCUGAAGAACUGAACGCCGCCCCGCAUCGACCCGCCGCUGGCCCCCGAGUCCUGGCCCCGCCUCCUGCUCUCCGUCACCGCACCCCCCAACCAUAUUACAACCAUGUUACAACCCAACGCAGUGCGAGGGCCACUUCCUGCUCUAUUACAUCGGGAUGUUCCGUGAUCCGAGUCCCAUUUGCAUCCAUCGUUGGAUGAUUUUUCUUUCUGAAGACUGCAGAACGUCCUGGUUCACUGUCCUGUUGGUGUUUUUCAGGACAUUGUCUCCUGAAAUGCUUUCUGACUGUUCGCCGUCACAUUGUUGGUCCUGCGCUCUGUGAUGACCGGUGGUCAUCGGGGACAGACUGCUGUAUCCCCGUGAGUGUUUUCUCAGCGUGAGGCUUUUUAAUCAUUAUCAAGCCCCACUUCUCUGCAAAUUGCAGUCUAUUUUUAGCGUUUGCAAUCAGCAGGUAAAUCACUGUCUGCAUAUUUAUUUGGCGUUAUUUCAAGUUAAAAAGCCUUCAACUCCCCCCCCCCCCCCCGUGUGCCGUGGCUGUGGGCCGUAGGAAAGACGUAGAGGUACAAACUACAUUAGAAUCGUCUUUGUCAUUUUGACAGUUUUCUUUCGUGUCUCUGGAUCUUCUGCUUUCCACCAGAGCAGACUGCAUGGAAGCUGAUGGUUGCUGUGCACUUCUUAAUUUUUUUGCCAUCAACAUCUGGCCAUUUUGGAGACGAGCAUCUGUCCUCCACUGCUGCGCUCAUCUGUAGUCAUUCCAUGGUUUGAUUUGUGUGUGUGUUAGUGUUCAUUUGGCCGGCUGAGAGAGCCUCAGGUGUUGAGGAUUUUGUAUCUGCUGCUUCCCCUCCAGCGUCAGUGACGGCCACUGGGGCUCUCUCGCCCACUUGGCUCUCUCUCUCGCAGCCUCUCGAGUACCACGGCCACCUGAGAUGAAGGCUCAUGUGAAAUGACGCUAAAUGUACGAUGCCAUUGUUUGUAACACUUCUGAGUAACAAGUAUACAUGCAGCGCAGUGUCUCCAUCCAGUGUCUCUGUUUCACCUGCAGACUCGACCACGUGAAGUGGAUUCCUUGUUCCGAGUCAUUACACUGAAGCCCUUUUAGCGGCUCUACAGGAUGUACGCUAUCGGCUUCUAAAGAUUACAACCGAGCUGGCUGUGUCUUUGUGUGUGGUGACGACCGAUUCAUUUGAAAUGCUGUAAAAAAUAAAUUAAAAAAAUAACGAGAAAAAAUCAUAAGAUUUUGAUUGACAUGAAUUUGUUCAUUGUGUGUACAUCAAAAAUAACUAUUAAAAGUCUUGAUAAAUUCA